GGUUCAGUGAGUCACAGAAUGCGCCAGUUCCACUCAUACCGGCAUGGUCGCGGCGGAGCUCAUCUGAACUGAGAAAGGAACGAAUCAGUUGAUGAAGUGAUUCGGUUCAGUACGUUCACUCAAAAGAUUCGUUCUUUCGAACGAAUCGUUCGCGAACGACACAACACUACAGCAAAGUCCUCCUUUACUCCACACACGCUUCUAAGCCUCGGCACAUCUCCUCACAUCACACACUUUAUUCAUCCUCCGUGUCAGGAUAAACUCCACUCGUCUCAGUAAACUUUGGAGAUUAUUAGGCCCGCUUAGCUUGCUAGUUGUUUUAGCGCGCUAGUUAGCUUAGCAUGCUAGUUAGCUUAGCUUGUUAGCUGAUAACAAAGAGACGCGGGUUUUAUCAACACAUCGCUUGGUUAAGAUCAAGUGUGAGUGUUAAGUGUUGUGAUUGUGUGAAAAUGUGCGAAAGAACGAUAGCAGAGUACAAGGAGGAACUUUGUCCAACAAAAGAGGAGAAGGAGCGACGACAUCAACUACAGGACGCUGUUUUCAAGAAACCUCAAGUUGUGUUACACAGAACAGUUAUCUGUGAAGAACAUCUUCACCCUAAACAACAGCAGUGGAGCUUCAGGAUGCGGACAAAGGAGCCCCAGCCCUCCCACAUUAAGAAGGAAGAGGAAUACCCACUCAUCCCCCAUUUUAAAAAGAUAGAGGAGGACCCACUGACACCCCAUUUUAAAGAGGAAGAGGAGAACCCACUGACACCCCAUUUUAAAGAGGAAGUGGUGGAUCCACUGAGCCCUCACAUUAAGGAGGAAGAGGUGGAUCCACUGACACCCCAUUUUAAAGAGGAAGAGGAGGACCCACUGACACCCCAUUUUAAAAAGAAAGCGGUGGAUCCACUGAGCCCUCACAUUAAGGACAAAGAGGUGGAUCCACUGACCCCUCACGUUAAGGAUGAAGAGGAGGACCCACUGACCCCUCACAUUAAAGAGGAAGAGGAGGAACACAGCAUCAGUCAGCAGGGAGAGCAUCUUGAAGGACUGAAAGAGGUUGAUGUCACCAAGAUGCCAGUGACUGGUGUCCCUGUGAAGAGUGAAGAUGAUGAGGUCAAAGGUGAAAGUGAGGAGAAGAGAGAGGCGGAGCCUCCAAGCAGCAGCUCAACACAACACAUGACAACAGAAGCUGAUGGAGACCACUGUGGAGGAUCACAAGCAGACAAGCUCUUAGCUCCACUAUCAGAUAGUGAGGACACAACGUCACACUCUCCUGACACUGAUGAUGAAGACUCUAAAGAUGAUAAGACAUGUCACACUGACAACACUCACUUCACAUGUUCUCUCUGUGACAAAACUUUUAAAUCUCCAAGUAAUUUGAAAAGACACAUGAGAACACACACUGGAGAAAAACCUUUUUCAUGUUCAACUUGCAGUAAAGAUUUUACUCAUAGACACGAUUUGAAAAUACACAUGAGAAUACACACUGGAGAAAAACCUUUUUCCUGCUCAGAAUGUGGUAAAAGUUUUGUAAGAAAUCAAAGUUUAAAAGCACACAUGAGAACACACACUGGAGAAAAACCUUUUUCAUGUACAAUCUGCGGUAAAGAUUUUACUCAUAGGCAACAUUUGCAAAUACACAUGAGAAUACACACUGGAGAAAAACCUUUUUCCUGCUCAGAAUGUGGUAAAAGUUUUGUAAGAAAUCAAAGUUUAAAAGAACACAUGAGAACGCACACUGGAGAAAAACCUUUUUCAUGUUCAAUCUGCGGUAAAGAUUUUACUCAUAGGCCACAUUUGAAAGUACACAUGACAACACACACUGGAGAAAAACCUUUUUUAUGUUCAAUCUGCGGUAAAGAUUUUACUCAUAUGCCACAUUUGAAAGUACACAUGAGAACACACACUGGAGAACAACCUUUUUCAUGUUCAAUCUGCAGUAAAGAGUUUACUCGAAGGGAAAAUUUCAAAAUGCACAUGAGAAUACACACUGGAGAAAAACCUUUUUCCUGUUCAAUCUGCAGUAAAUAUUUUGCUCAAAGGCACUAUUUUAAAAAACACAUGAGUACACACACUGGAGAAAAACCUUAUACAUGUUCAGUAUGUUGUAAAAGUUUUAUACAAAGUCAGCAUUUGAAAAGACACAUGAUAACACACACAGGUGAGAAAGUGUUGAGUUGCAGUGUGUGUGGUGAAAGAUUCUCUUCUAAGUACCAGUAUAAGAAACACAAGUGUGCUGGUGAGAACAGCAGCAAAUGAAGAUGCAGGAUUUGAAAUAAACUGUCAAAACUUAAAGGCCUACUGAAAUGAAUUUUUUUUUAAUUUAAACGGGGAUAGCAGAUCCAUUCUAUGUGUUACACUUGAUCAUUUUGCAAUAUUGCCAUAUUUUUGCUGAAAGGAUUUAGUAUAGAACAACGUCGAUAAAGUUCGCAACUUUUGGUCUC